AUGGAAUACAACCUUGUUACCCUACAGCAGUAUGAACAACUCCCCUCAGUAGGGUCCACGGGCAUCCUUUUCCGGGUCGGAAAAGACAGGAUCUUCAAGGCAGCUGUUUGCAUUUCAAGGGACCAACAGAUUCAACCUCGGCCGACGGUAGAGAAACACUAUGUGGUUGAGGAGAAAAUAUUAACUAGGCUAGGAAAUCACCCUAGGGUCGUCAGGCUUCUCGGGCGACAGACGACACCUCGAGGACUACUACUCGCUGAGGCUAGUCAUGGCGGGCUGCAACAACAUCUGAACACCAGAGAUGUUCCUCAACCACUCCGACAAAGAUGGUUCCAACAAGCCAUUGAGUGCGUUGUCUACAUACACAGCAAGGGCAUCGUCCACAGCGAUUUACGUCCUGAUAAUUUCCUGAUCCAUGAAGCAAGCCCUGGUACCUUGGGUCUCUUGCUUUGUGAUUUUGGAGGGUCUGUCUGCGAAGAGCUGGAUGUAGAUGGCGAAGGGCUUCCAGACGCAGGCUUCAGUCAACCUGAUGAUGAAGAUAGCAUACCGACUCCAUCCACGGAUCUCUUCAGUCUUGGAUCUGUCCUAUACACUAUAGUUACAGGACAUUGGCCUUACAGAGAACCGGGCGGGCUGUUCAGGUCACAGGAGGAGAAGGAAGAAUAUGAGAAUCGGGUUAAUGAUCUCUUUAGAAGGCGGGAGUUUCCGGACGUUAAGGAUCUAUAUGGCGGGGACAUCAUCGCGCGAUGUUGGACAAGAGACUAUGAAACUGCUGCGGACGCUCUUCGCGAUGCGAAAGGCAUUGCGAACAGAUCGCAUUGCAAAGCGACUUAG